CAAGCAAACACAAGAGACGCAUACACAAGAGACGUGUCGAGCAGCGAGCAAAAACUCGCUCUUUCUUGUGUUUAUUGCGUCGCUGUUUACAUGGUAACAGAUGCUGCUGACCAAGAACAGUGCAUUAUCGCUCCCUUGCCAUUUCGCUUGGUCGGUCGUGUCUUCAUCGGAGUCCCUUGUUUUCCCUUUCCCAUCGUAGUCACGUAGCAAACGUAGUGGACUGUCUAAGCUAUUGCUAGAGUUUACAUCUUCUUUUGUUGAUAAUCAUGAGUGGAAGAUCCUCCAACUCGAACGAGGAUACAGGUCGAGCAAAGAAGAAAGGCGGUGGAUUUUUGGCAAGGCAGUCGAAGGCGAAAAAGACAAUAACUGAAGAAGAAUUGCUUAAAAAGGACACCGUAACACCGGACGAUGUACUGAAGUUGACAAAAUGCACGGAAAAUUACCUCUGCGAACCUGGUGCAAAUAUAUACAGCAUCGAUUUUACCAGGUUUAAAAUUCGCGAUAUGGAAACAGGGACUGUUCUUUUUGAGAUAGCUAAACCUGAUAACAUCGACGACGAAAUUAUUGACAACGAUGAUGAUCCUAACGCCGGUCGCUUCGUAAGAUACAAGUUUACUCCAGAGUUUCUGAAGUUAACAACAGUAGGAGCCACAGUCGAAUUUACCGUAGGAGACAAACCCGUCAACAAUUUUCGUAUGAUAGAACGGCACUACUUCAGAGAUCGACUGUUAAAAAACUUCGAUUUUGAGUUUGGAUUUUGCAUCCCAAAUAGCAAGAAUACAUGCGAACACAUCUACGAAUUUCCACCGUUAGAUAUUGAUGAAGUGCAAGAAAUGGUAAACCACCCAUUUGAGACUAAGUCAGACAGCUUCUACUUUGUGGAUGGUAAACUUAUCAUGCAUAAUAAAGCCGAUUAUGCAUAUGAUGGGUAGCCCUUCCAAGUGUAAUCCUUACAAUGUGUACAUUGACAUGCAGACAAACAUUUAGAGACAAGAUUAAAUACUUUCUUACGAUUUAAUAUCAUCUGUCUAAACUCAACAUCAAGAUCACCCCAGAUUUUCCAUACAUCUUGUAUGUAUUCCUUUAGGAAGAUUUGGUGUUAUGUCAAGACUUAGUUACCAGUUUGGUGAUCAUAGGUCUUGCAUUGGAAUUACUUUAUACAUUGUUGUAGAAAGAAAUUGGAAAUGAUUAUUGCUGGAAUAUAUGAAAUGAUAGACAGGAGGUAGAUGCUUGUUUUUGUACCAAAAAUGUCAGAGCUUUGUUCCAUCAUACAAAGUUGUUGUUGUAGGGGGGGGAGGGGGUCUUAUUUUCCCUGGUAAAUUGUCUACAUUUUGUACAAAAGAUAGUGAACACCUGUGCAUGCAACAUCAAUAAAAUAGAGCUGGUCUGAGUAAGUCAGAUUUGCAAAAUGUGGCUUAUAUUUAUGUAGCUUGAGGAGAUUUUUGUACAACCCCCUGAUGUAAGCCCAUUGGGUAUGGAUGAUGACAAUAAAAAUUUAAACAAAA